AUCCAUACAUACGCACAAGCUCUCUUUUUCUGUUCCAGUUUUGUUUCUCUCUCUCUCUCUCUGAAACCUCACUGAAGCCUGUGUGAACUGUGAAGCACUCGUCACAAACCCAGUACACCACCCACACAGCUUUAUAGUUUGGAGAGAGAAAACACAAAUAUACAUACGGAUGGAGAAGAACACGACAGACAAAGCUGUUUACCCCAGGGGAAAAGGAUGCAUUGACAGAAUGAGGACUAUAUAACAGUUGUAACCCACCAAUGGCGUCUCCUCUGUUUUCUUACAGAGCAGUCAUAACUCUCGCCCACCCAUCAUUCAAUUCAGAACCCUCUCUCUACCGGCUCUCUUGAUUUGUCUGUUUCUGGUUCCAGCUCUAUUGUUGUGUCAUAGCUGUUUCUUGAAAAACUAGGAUUUGGGUUCACGCAAUGGCAUUGAUUGAGCCUCUGUCCCUUCGCUAUUUUUGACCUCUGUUUUUUAGGUUUUUUUUUUGGGGGGGUUGGGGUAUGAUACGCGUGUCUUAAGGUUUACAAACAACUGAGUUGGUGAGGGUGGACCUCUCUCUCUCUCUUGAAAAUGAAGUAUUUUCUCUUUCUAGGAUUUGGUAAGUGAGUUUUCUUGCUUUUUCUUUAAGUUCUUUUUCCCUUGAAUUCAUAACCUUUGGUAAGCUGGGUCUUGUAUUUAUUUCUUCUUUUUUUUUUAGUUCGUCUAUCCUUUGUCUUGCUUUUGAUCCCUAGCUAUUUUCACGGUUUCCUCGCAGGAUUUAUAUCUGUGCUAUUUUCUAUAUUUUACACCUUUUCAGAUUUGUUCCCAGGAGAUGCAUUAUCAGCACUGACUCUUUUCAAGAUCUCAUUUUUCAGUUUUUCAAGCCUUUGUUGACUUAAUGAAGCUCAACUUUCCUCUAGGAACGCUUGUUAGCCCUAAAUACACCUCGAUUGGUGGGCCCUGCGGCGCAACGGACAGGUAUCCAGUAUCCAAGCACUGGGUUUCAUCUUGAAAGAACAUUGGAGUGGAUUGAGUAUUUUGAAAUUUGGGCCACACACUGGUGCAUUUGGCUGAGAGAGAUUUAAGAUUUGGGUCAAAGUUGGUUUUCAGUUAUUGUAAAUGUAUGGAUCGAAGGGAAGCUAUGGGUUUUCCUGGUUCUACUUAUUAUAUGCAGAGAGGGAUGCCUGGGUCUGGCUCAGGGCUGCAGGGGACACAAGUCACCCAUCCCUUAUCUGAUCCAAAUUUAUCAUAUCAGUCUAACAGUGGGGCUAAUUCAAUGGGAUCAACAUUGCCAAUGGAUUCUUCCCCAGUAGUUUCACCUCAUGGGAUUAAUGUGGGUGCACCAUCUGGUGUGCCAGCAGCACAGCCUGUGAGAAGAAAAAGGGGAAGACCGCGAAAAUAUGGACCGGAUGGGGCUAUGUCGUUGGCAUUGUUGCCCAAAUCAUCUAAUCCUCCACUGAAUGUAACCCCAACCCAGAAGCGCGGUAGAGGCCGCCCGCCGGGGUCCGGGCGGAAGCAACAAAUAGCGUCUCUUGGUGAAUUGAUGUCUGGUUCGGCUGGGAUGGGCUUUACUCCGCAUGUCAUCACCAUUGCUGUAGGAGAAGACAUCACGACGAAAAUAAUGUCUUUUUCACAGCAGGGCCCGCGAGCUAUAUGCAUCUUAUCAGCCAGUGGUUCCGUAUCCUCUGUGACACUUCGUCAGCCCUCAACGUCUGGUGGCAAUGUCACAUAUGAGGGGCGCUUUGAGAUAAUCUGUCUGUCAGGCUCUUACCUGGUCACUGAUAAUGGCGGGUCCCGUGGUCGAUCUGGAGGUCUGAGUGUCUUGCUUGCUAGUCCUGAUGGUCGUGUCAUUGGUGGCGGAGUUGGGGGAGUGCUGCUUGCAGCCAGCCCUGUUCAGGUAAUAGUGGGAAGCUUCUUGUGGGGUUCAAAGGCGAAGAACAAAGUUGGGGCACGCCUAGAAGGUUCUGGAGAUUUUAAUCGCCUGACGUCCAACAAUCCAGUCGCUCCAGCCAGUACUCCUCCCAUUCACAACGUCGCUCCUAUAUCUUCAGUCGGUGGUUGGCCCGGCAUUGAUUUGAUGCAGUGACCAUUUUUACUAGCGAUAGAUCAGCAGUGUAUAUAUACUUCGACGUUUAGUCACUGGAUUCUAAUUCCUUCAGUCACUGACUAUUUUGGGCUUGAGGGAUCUCACUUCGUAUCCUGCCGGGACAAUUCGGUUGUACUAAUAUCAUUUCAGCUCAAUGGAAGUUUAGUUGGAUCUCA